CUAUGGCUCUGCGACCGCUCUUUCUCCUUCCGCCUCUAUGGCACCGGAAGGAAGUCUUCCCAAGCAGGAAAUAGAACUUCACAAUGGCCACUGCAACUGACCAGUUGGUUGGCUAUGGCUUGGUUGCCUUCAGCCUUCUCCUCUUCGCUUAUUAUACCGUCUGGAUCAUCGUACUGCCCUUCAUUGAGAGCGACCACCUGAUCCAAGCGUACUUCCUGCCGAGAGAGUAUUCCGUCCUCAUCCCUGUCGCUGCAGGGCUGCUCUUGCUCCUCUUUGUCGGGACUUUUAUUGCCGUCAUCACGUGGAAGAGCAGGAAGGCGGCAAAGAAAUCGGCGUGAAGGAAGGCAGGCCGCCAGGAAGAGCAGGGACGCCGUCCUGUUUGUGUUUUGCUGGUUACGGACCAAAGGGAACACAGCUCACUCUGCAUUCUCCCAUUCCUUGUGUGUGCGUGUGUGUGAAUCCACACUGGGUUAUCACUUGAUCUUCGCCCUCCUGGCCUUUUAAAAACGAUUCCUUUGCAAUGUUGGAAGUCUCCAAGCUUAUUCCAAAGGUGUUUUGACUGCGAGAGAAGCUGCAGGAAUUGGCUUCUGCCGCGUUUCUGGAGCAGGCGCUGCAGGGGUUUCCUUUCCCCUUUUCCCCAAUGGCCGCCGGGCCCCCUAUGUGCAUCCGACAUGGUUUUUCCCUUGUAUAAAUCAAGAUUUACACUGAGCAGAAUGGAUUCUAAUUGACAUCUUUCCUUGCGACAUCUGGCUGGCCUGAAGUUUUCCAAAAGGGCUCUCAAAGCAACCACUGAGCACCCUCCAUGCUGAGUAUUGCCGCGGUUUGUGACAACCAGGACUUGAACUAGAGCAGGCCUGGGCCAACUUCGGCCUUCCCGACAGGUGUUUUGGACAUCGACUUCCACAGUUCCUAACAGCCUCAGGCCCCUUGUUGCGUUCACAAUAAAUAUAUAUAUUUUUAGGUUU